AAACGUCGAUUUCUACUCCCAACACCGCCAGCACUAGCACUACCUCUGCUAGCGCUACCACACCUCUGCUACCACCAGCCACAACUAGCACCACCUUCGUUGCAACUCAUACAUUGAAUUACACAAUUACUACUAUUGCCGUUGCAGAGCUACUACCACCAGCACCACCGCCAUCAGCUCUGCCACCACCAACAUCGCCAACACCACCAGCAGCACCACCAUCGCCAAUCAAAAAUUCCAAUUUCAAUUUUCAAUUCGUCCCAAUUUCAAUUUCAAUUUCUUCCCACUCUCACCGUCACCACCAUCCUCCUUCGAAUCUUCAAUUAUCACCACGACCACCACCCUCCUCCACCCUUUUCAAAAAGUUGCUCUUCGACAAACCCUAUUUUUCUUAAACGUUUUUGCCUCUUUGAAAAACCCCACCGAAUUCAAACAUUUUCUAGAAACCCAUCGUGUUUCCCGUUACGUCUUUCUAACAACUAAGAGUUUUGUUUAUUGCAGGUGAAGCAUUAGAAGUACUAGGUGCAACCAUGUCUUUCUACCUACGUUCUUGGAGGGGAGAAUCAAGCUUUCAAUCCCGUCUUCAUUCACUUUGGUUGAAUUCGAGCAGAAAUGUCGACUCUGUUUCGUUGUCGUUCUAUAGAAGCAGAUUUGUCACUGCUGCUGAAAAAGCUGAACCAGAGGCUGCUUCUUCGUCAUCAUCUUUCACAUUUUCUUCUGACGAAGCAGCAGAAGAUGAUAAAUUCAAGAAAGAUAAGGACAUUCAUAUCAAGGUGAAAAAGAUGAGUUCAAGAGACUCAACAUCGGUUACUAUGCCGAUGUGUUUCAUGACAGGGUCUGUUGUAGGAAAGCGAUUCUACACAGAGGUCACUACCAGGUUGGCUGAUGAUAGUAAUGGAUGGAGCGUCAUGCUUGACUUCAGAACCCUUAAGACCCCUUCCAAGAGAACCCUUAAGCUUCCUACUCUUUCCCUCGCCAAGGCCAUUGCAGCAGAGUGGGAGUACCAACAAGAAGAUGGGAUCAGACCCUUUACGAUGCCUCUCAUGGAAUUUGCUUGUACUGCAUUAGAGAGAGUUCCGCUAACUAGAACCAAAAUAAUAGAAAACCUAAUGAAGAGGUUCAAUCAAGAUCUAGUCUUCUGCCGUUACCCGGGUGACAAUGAUGUGUCCAUCAAAAUCCUUGAACGACAAGUUGAGAAGAUUGAUCCACUACUCGAAUGGGUAGAGUCUGAGUUUGGUUUUAAGCCUGUUGUGUACUCGAGUUUUUUUGGUGGCAAGCAGGAGGAUGGUCUUGCUAACGCUGUUCAAAGUUUUUUAAAGAAAAUGGAUGACUGUGAGUUGGCAGCUAUAGAUGCAAUGGCUGCAUCCUCCCACUCACUAAUCGUAUCUAUUGGAACCUUUUGUGGGCGGUUGCAGAUUGAGGAGGCUAUUGAGUUGAUUAGACUUGAAGAAGAUGCGCAGGUUGACCGGUGGGGUCUAGUUGAGGGUGGGCAUGAUGUUGAUAUUGCGGGUCUAAAAGCACAGUUCUCAUCCGCUGUUGUUUUCCUAGGAUUGUCUCGAAGGUUUUAAAUGUCUAAUUCAGACUUGCAAUCUUUGGAAGGUUAAGUAUUGUAACUGUACUAUUUACUGUCCUUCAAAGGUAAAAGUGUGUUUCUUUUGAAAUGUGAUGAAAUAAGAAUAUUGAUUAUGUGUAAGAAUAGUCCUGUGUUUAAUCUGAUUUUGUUUUAUUUUUGGUCGAUGA